AUGACUACUGCAGAUGAGCCAUCCAUAACUCUUUCGCACUUACAUCGCGCAGAUGGCUCGGCGACCUUUUCGCGGAAUGGAUUCACCGUGAUUGGCGCCGUAAAUGGCCCACUGGAAGUUUCUCGACGCGAUGAAAUUCCUGACAAGGCCGUAGUCGAUGUAAUUAUACGACCUGCAGUUGGUUCUGGAGAUACCCGGGAACGAUACCUCGAAUCCAUUCUCCAGUCUUCACUGCGUCAAAUAAUACUCGUACAAGACUUUCCGCGAAGCCUAAUUCAAAUCACACUUCAAGUUAUUGACACCCCUGAGAAUGACUUUUCUGCUCAAAGGGGUGUACGAGAUAUUUCGUCCCUAGCCUUAAUUCCAGCUCUAAUUCAAACUGCAAUCCUAUCUCUACUAUCUGCUUCAAUUCCUAUGAUACUGACAUUAACGUCAAUUCAUAUCUCUGUUCAACCUACCGGUUCCUUUACUCGUAUCAUUCCGAAUCCAUCAAUUUCUCAGAUGCUUGAAGCAAAAUCUAUUCAUGUGCUUGCUUUUACUUCUCAGGGAGAUUUGUUACUUGCGGAAAGCGAGGGAUCCUUUAUGAUGACCGAGUGGAACGAAAUUUAUAACACUGGGAAGCAAAUUUGUUGUGAAGGAGAUAAGGGUGAAGGCCAAAGCGGAUCAAUCAACCACAUUACUUCGAACAUCCAUUCGAAGAUCAGUGAAGAACUGCAUUGGCAGCAGUGA